CUCCUCCAUCCUCUCUCUCUCUCUCGCUCUCUCUCUCUCUCUCUCUCAUCUCAUCUCAUUGCUGUCUUCUCUCCUUCAACUGCCGGAUGUGAUUCUCCACCACCUUCCUCCGAGCUUGCCAGAGGCCCAGAGGAGAGGACUCAUCUACCUCUUUCUUCCUCGCCUGCUACCUUUUCUUUCCAAACACAAAACCGCAGCAAAGAAAGUGCAAAUUAUAAAGAAAACAUCAGAAUUCAAAGCAGCCGGAAAGCAAGCUGCUAGAAGAGCGAAAAGAGAGAAAUAUAUCUCAGCAGCACUAAGUGGCCUCCUCCAUGGUGUUCCCUUCAGUACCGGCCUACCUAGAUCCACCUAAUUGGAAUGACCAGCAGCAAGGCCAGCAUCCGAGAGCGAGCGGGGGUGGCGAUGCACCGCUGCUGCCCGUGGGUCCGGCGGCAGCUCCCAAUGUUUCCGGCUUGCCGAGCAGCUCGUCGGGGGCCAGUGCCGCCAUGGCCGCGCACGCGCGGCCCAACUCGAUGGCGGAGCGCGCGCGGCUGGCGCGGAUGCCGCAGCCGGAGCCGGCGCUCAAGUGCCCGCGCUGCGACUCCACCAACACCAAGUUCUGCUACUACAACAACUACUCCCUCUCCCAGCCCCGCCACUUCUGCAAGGCGUGCCGUCGCUAUUGGACGCGCGGCGGUACCCUCCGCAACGUCCCCGUAGGCGGAGGCUGCCGCCGCAACAAGCGCUCGUCCAAGUCCUCCGCCGCCGCCGGCGGGUCUUCUUCCUCGUCGAAGCCGUCCUCGUCGGCCAGGCAUCUCGCUGGUCCGUCAUCUAUGCCAUUGCCAUCCAACAGCACGGGCCCCACCGGCGCGAUCAUCCCACCAGGUCUCGGCUCCUUCUCGCACCACCUGCCGUUCUUGGGCUCGAUGCACCAUCCAGCGCCCAACCUAGGGCUAUCCUUCUCCGCCGGUCUGCCGCCGCUCGGCGUGCAGCACAUGGACACGGUGGAUCGGUUCCCGGUGGCAAGCGGCGGUGGUACCACCAUAGGUGCAUCGCUGGAGCAGUGGAGAGUGCAGCAGCAGUUCCCUUUCUUGACAGGAGGAGGAAUACUGGACCUUUCGCCGGCGUCGAUGUACCAGCUGGGUUUGGAUGCUAACCGAGGAGGCAGCGGCGGUUCAGCAGCGGCGGCGGCGGCGUUUACGUUAGGGCAGACCAGUGCUGCAACGGCUAGGCAGGAAGGAUCAAUGAAGGUGGAGGACAGUAAAGGACAAGAAAUGAGCUUACAGAGGCAGUACAUGGCGGCUCUACGCCACGGUUCACAGGGUGUCUGGGAUGGAAAUGCUGGUAGCAAUGGUGGCGACGGUGGCGGCAAUGGCGGUUCUACUUCUAGUUGGCCGAUGGACAUUCCUGGAUUCAAUUCUUCAUCGACCGGUGGCGGCAAUGGCAGUGGCAUGUUGUAGUGCACGCCUUCUUGUGGUCAAUGUCCUAAUCAAGAUGGCAAUGGCAUUGUUCAGAGGCAUGGUUAACUUUGAGCAAAUGCUACCUAGGAAGGAGGAACAAGAGAUGGUCAACCCAUCGGUCUGUUCAUCAGCUGCUAUUCUUCAUCCACGACUGUAGAAGCACUGCUAGCUCAUGAUGAUCACAGGUAGGAGUCUAAGUUAAAGUUGCUCUUUGGUUAACCCCUUUUCUGCCAUUUGGUUAUUUGAACUCAGAGGUUGUGCCUGCAUUGUGUCCAUAGCACCACUUUUCUACUUUUUCACACACUAUCAUCCACAGGGAUUAAUUAAUUAAUCAAACUUGGUGCAUGGGGGUAUACUAUUUGAUAAGUAUAUUUGACAUGGAGACGGAUCAAAUUGUUUCAUUAUUAUUUGUGUGAUGAAAUUUGCAUGAAAAUAAUUUUGGUU